ACAUCUUCCAAUGUACAACGGAUUGCUCACGUGACUCGUAAGAAUGGUACGCUUGCUGGGAUCAAAGCUGCUAGCACGACUAUUGCUACUAAUAUCAACCGUCACGUUGAUUUCGUUGAUGGUAUUAACCCGCUGCGGUUUGGGUGGACUGAUCGUGAAAGAAAAUGGAUCAAUUAUCAGUGCUUCUGUCGGGGCAGUCGAAGGUGACACGGUCGUCAACUAUCUCGGCGACCAAAAGCCUCCGUUGGCAUUGGAAUACUCGCCACAGCAACUGCAACAGCAACAGCAACAAACCCAUUACCUAGCAGAUACUGAACAGCAGCAGAAUGGUUACAUGCAAAUGCUACAGCAGCGCGAGGAAGAAAAUCUACGCGAGGUAGCGAAAUUGACAGCUGAAAUUAAAGCUUUAAAACUUCAGAUCUUACAGCUAAAGAAUAGAUUAAACACUGCUGGCUUAGGGUUGAUGCAGUCUGGGGCAGCGGAUGGCACUGCCUACAUUUCUUUAUCUAACGAUAGUAGCAGCUCAAUACUACCCAAUGCUCCGCAACUAUCACAAACGGUGCAUGAUUGUACAGCGUUCUUAAGACGCCAGGUAGGAUCGGCCGAAAUAUUGCACGGUUUGCCGCUCAACAACGAGUACGAGCUGAUCCCAUUCAGUCACUUUACGUUUAGUCGAGUCUAUCCAAUCGAGCUUGGACUCGGAAAGCGAGUAGUCGAAAAGCCAAUCGGUUACAAAAGAAAGGAUCUGCUGAGCGCACUGAACAAGGGACUAGAGACGCUCAACAGGAAUAUUUCUACGGCCUCUCAGCGCUACACGUUGGAUGACUUCAUUGAGGGAAUAUAUCGCAACGAACCCACGACUGGUACACAGUAUGAGUUGUACUUCCGCUUGAAGGAAUUCACCAAUCGAAGUCAACAGCACCAGCAGCAGGUCACACCGCAUCAUGAGUCGCAUACACACGGUACCACAAAGCUAAUAGUCAUGAGACCAUUCGCAACACUGCAGACGGUCCAGUUGGAAGCGCAUCCGAAGCAACACGAUAAGGAAAUCAUUUACAUUAUCCUGCCACUGUCCGGACGCACCAACACGUUCCAAAGCUUUAUGGAGAAAUAUGUCAAGAUAGCACUCAAGCACGAUAGACGUGUGCAUCUGACCGUCGUGUACUUCGGCGAGGAUGGUCUUGCGGAGGCGCGAACGAUCAUGAGCCAUGUGAUUGGCAUGAAAAACAGUGGAGCUACCAAUUCGAACCUGAAACUGCUCGCUCUCAAUGAAACCUUUUCUAGAGCAAAAGCGUUAAGAGUAGGUGCAGAAAACGUGUGGAACUCCCAGGCAGACAAAAACAACGACAUACUGCUGUUUAUGUGCGACGUAGACAUCGUAUUCAGUGCUAAAUUUUUAGAUAGAUGUAGAUGGAACACCAAACCAAACAAAAAGGUAUAUUAUCCAGUAGUCUUCAGCCUCUACAAUCCCCAUGUCGUAUAUACGCUCCAGGGCAAAGAAGUGCCACCGGAAACGGAUCAGUUAGUCAUCUCGAAGGAUUCUGGAUUUUGGAGAGACUUUGGGUAUGGCAUGACAUGCCAGUAUCGUUCGGAUUUUCUGCGCGUGCGAGGCUUCGACGAGGAAAUCAUUGGCUGGGGUGGCGAAGAUGUAAUGCUGUACCGCAAGUACGUGCGUUCCCAUAUCAAGGUAAUACGGGCUACCGAUCCGGGCGUGUUUCACAUCUGGCAUCCAAAAGUAUGCACCGGACCGGUGAUGUCCCUUUCCUCGAACCAACGACUUACACCCGACCAAUACCGGGCCUGCAUUCGUUCGCGAGCCCUUAACGAAGCGUCACACGCACAGCUCGGUUUCCUGGCGUUCCGGGAUGAUAUUGCGGCAAAUGAUUAUUUGCUAGCUCAGGGUGGUGGUGGUGCCAAAGCUAAUCCCGAAUCCAAUGCGACCAAGAACGACCUCAUCCACUCGGAGAAUCCCUUUAUGCAAAAUAGCACAAUGCAUAACGGUAGAGAUAGUAUGAGAAUGCUGCCCGGAUCGAGUGGGACGCCGAGUAAGAGUAGCGAUAGUAAGAAGGCUACAUGAUCUUUUAUGACACAGCAUCAGGAGAGCAUAUGGAGGAUCGAGUUCUAGCAUCGGUGCCGCGAGAGUCAUAUC